AUAAUAUCAACAAAAAACUAAAUGUAUAAAUACAAAUGAAAUAAUCAAAACAAUACGCAGAGUUCCAAAAGAAUAAAAUUGUUAUCAGUAAUAUUGGAAAAUUAUCAAAAAUUAUUUAAUGUGAGAAAUUUCAAAAAAUAAUAAAUAGUUGCCUUCCUUAAAGAAAAAUGAAAAUCUUAAUUAUUUUGACUAGUAUUUUACAUAUUUACACUUUUAAACCUAUUGCAUUUAAUUUGGAAAAAGUUUAUCACUACCAACCUCAACAAAUUCAUAUUGCUUUAGGAAACAACAUAAAUGAAAUCACAAUAACAUGGUCAACAUUUGAUUCAACAAAUGAAUCAAUAGUCGAGUAUGGAAUUAAUGGUAACAUAUUAACUGCAACAGGAAGUGAAUUACCUUUCGUAGACGGUGGUUCAAAAAAACAUACUCAAUAUAUUCACAAAGUUACAUUACAAAAUUUAAAACCAGAUAUGAAAUAUUGGUAUCACUGUGGUAGUAAUCUGGGUUGGUCAGCGGAGUUUUGGUUUAAAACUCCAAGAUUUGAUUCAAACUGGUCACCUAGUUUUGCUAUAUUUGGAGAUAUGGGCAAUGAAAAUGCGAAAUCUCUUGCACGUCUUCAAGAAGACACUCAAAGACAAAUGUAUGAUGCAAUACUGCACGUUGGUGAUUUUGCAUAUGAUAUGGAUACUGAAAAUGCUGAAAUUGGGGAUGAAUUUAUGAGACAAAUUGAAACAAUAGCAGCAUAUGUCCCAUAUAUGGUUUGUAGCGGUAAUCAUGAAGAAAAAUACAAUUUUUCGAAUUAUCGUUCCCGAUUUAAUAUGCCGCAUAACAAUGAUAAUUUAUAUUAUAGUUUCGACAUAGGGCCAAUACAUUUUAUAGCAUUUUCUACCGAAGUUUACUAUUUUUUGAAUUACGGCAUUAAAUCAUUAGUAAAGCAAUAUGAAUGGUUAGAAAAAGAUUUAAAAGAGGCUACAAAACCAGAAAAUCGUGCAAUCAGACCAUGGAUUAUAACUUUUGGUCAUAGGCCAAUGUACUGCUCAGAUUUAGAUGGUGAUGAUUGUACAAAACAUGAAACUCUUGUUAGAAAUGGAUUACCAGUUCUUCAUUUCUUUGGUCUUGAAGACUUAUUUUAUAAUUAUGGAGUUGAUGUGGAAAUUUGGGCUCAUGAACAUAGUUAUGAAAGACUUUGGCCCAUAUAUGAUUAUAAAAUAUAUAAUGGUAGUCUUGAAGAACCAUAUACAAAUCCUGGUGCUCCUGUUCAUAUUAUAACAGGUUCAGCUGGUUGUAAAGAAGGAACAGAUACUUUUCCAGACAACCCUCCAGAAUGGAGUGCUUUUCAUACUACAGAUUAUGGAUAUACUAGAAUGAAGGCUUUUAAUAAAACACAUUUAUAUUUCGAACAAGUAUCAGACAACAAAUCUGGUUCUAUUGUAGAUUCAUUUUGGAUAAUUAAAAACAAUCACGGCAAAUAUAAAUAAUGAAAAAGCAUAUAUAGAAACUACGAGUACGUAGUAUUUAAUGGUAUCAAUUUUGUUUUUUUAGUAGCACAAAGGACAGCAUCAUGUAUUUGAAAAAUAAUUGAAAUUUUUUUAAUUAGAAUUUUUAAUUAAGAUUUUUUCUUUUUCUAUGCCUACAUAUGUAUAUACUUAAUAUCUGUGUUUUUCAAAGCUUUGGCUGUAAAAUUUAAAGACAUUUUGUAUUAAAUAUUUAAUUUUGUAUUAGAAAAAUAUUAAAGAUACGUACAUAUUUCAGUAUUUUAUACAAUUUUUAAGAAUUAAUCGUAAUAAAUAAUGAACUAAGGUAUAUGUAUUACGCA